AUGUCAGUCACGUUGCACACGGAUUUAGGCGAUUUAAAAAUAGAAUUAUAUUGUGAACAGUGUCCAAAAGCCUGUGAACAUAAUCAACGUGGCAUUGUAUCAAUGGCUUCAAGAGGUUUGAAUACAAAUGGUUCUCAAUUUUUUAUCAUAUAUUCAAAACAACAAAAUCUAGACAAUAAAUAUACCGUGUUUGGAAAAGUGAUCGAUGGUUUUGAAGUAUUGGAUGAUUUAGAAAAAUUGCCAGUGAAUGAAAAAACUUAUCGUCCUGAAACUGAUACCAGAUUACAAUCUGUAACAAUUCAUGCAAAUCCUAUAGCUGAUGUAGCCUAA